AUGGCCAUGGCCACCGACCAUCUAUCCUCCAGAAGUUCAGAGGACCAGAAGGAAUAUGGAGCUUUCAAUGCCAGCACCGCACCCGUCGUCGUGCCUCCUCUCGGCGAGCCCGCCGGCUCGAAAGAGGAAGAUCACUGGCACGGCCAGAACCCAUUCGUGGACCCCGAGGUCGCCGCGCGAUGGAGGCAGACCUACGAAGACUCGAAAUACGAGUGCCGCCACGUCUUCGAUCCAGCUCUGACGUGGACGCCCACGGAGGAGAAGCGACUCGUCCGUAAGCUCGACAGGCGUGUAUGCCUUUGGGCGUGUGUGAUGUUCUUCGCCCUCCAGGUCGACCGAGGCAACCUCGAGCAGGCUCUGGCGGACAACAUGCUCGAUGACCUCGGGUUGAAUACGAACGAUUACAACUAUGGCAGGACUGUCUUCCUGGUCUCCUUCCUCAUCGCGGAGUUACCAUCUCAGCUCGUGUCAAAGAAGAUUGGCCCCGACAGGUGGAUCCCAAUCCAGAUGGUGCUCUGGUCUAUUGGCGGAUUCGUCCCAGAUAUCAUUCUGUGGCUCUCCUAUUUCUACACUUCCCACGAGUUGCCAAUCCGCCUCAGCUACUUCUGGACCGCCCUCUCCGGCACGACCAUCAUAACCUCCCUCCUGGCCUUCGCCCUCCUGCGCCUCCGCGGCGUCAACGGCUGGGGCGGCUGGCGCUGGCUCUUCCUCGUCGAGGGCCUCAUAACGCUGCUCGUGGGCAUCGCGUCCUUCUUCCUCAUGCCCGCAUCGGCCGUGCAGACCAAGGCCUGGUACCGGCCCGAGGGGUGGUUCACCGACCGCGAGGUCGCCGUCGUCGUCAACCGCGUCCUGCGCGACGACCCGUCCAAGGGCGACAUGCACAACCGGCAGGCCAUCACAGCCAGGCGGCUGUGGGAGGCCCUCAGGGACUACGACCUGUGGCCGCUGUACGCACUGGGCCUGGUCAUCUACAUCCCCGUCACGCCGCCCGGGUCCUACCUCACGCUGACGCUGCGAUCGCUUGGGUUCAACCCGUUCGAUACUAACCUACUUACUAUUCCUUCGAGCGUGGCGCACAUCAUUGCCCUGCUCCUCCUCACACGCCUCUCCGAGUAUCUCAACGAGCGGACUUUUGUCUCCAUGAUCCAGAGCAUCUGGACGCUGCCAUGCAUCAUCGCGCUCGCCUUCUGGCCAGGGGUCGUCGUCGACAAAUGGGGUACUUAUGGUCUUGUGAUGGUUCUUCUAUCGUACCCGUACUGCCAUGCCAUCCUGGUAGCUUGGACUUCUCGGAACUCGAACAACGUGGGCGCGCGGGCCGUCUCGGCAGCUCUAUAUAAUAUGGCGGCCCAGAUCGGCAUGAUCAUAUCGUCCAACAUCUACCGCAACGACGACAAGCCUCAGUAUCGCCGCGGCAACCGGAAUCUAAUGGCCAUCAACUUGCUUGCUAUCGUCCUCUUCCUCUUUACCAAGGCGUACUAUGUGUGGAAGAACAAGCGUCGAGACAAGAUCUGGAAUGCCAUGUCCAAGGAGGAGCAGACUCACUACAUCCGUCACACGAACAUCACUCACACCGACACAUCUACACCCUGGCAGAGGCUCCGAAUCACAAAGGACUCUCAAUUCAGGGAGGCAAAAAGCCCAGUGCCUACACCCAAGCCACACAUCUUAGCAGCCCCUCUCGUUCCUCCCAUCAGCCCACCACCACCCGGUCCGGUCCCCGUCCCCUCCCACCUCAGCCCCAAAGACACUUACUUACCUACCUACAUUUUCCCAGACAGACACGCCAUGUCGUCAGCACCACCACCCCCACCCCCGGACACAGCAGCAGCAGCAGCAGCAGCGGCGGCAGCGACGGACUACCUCUUCCCGCCCGCGCUGCUCGGCGGGCCCGAGGCCCAGCCCACGGCCGCCGGCGCCGACCCGGCCGAGGGGUACACCGCGCGGCCGCUGCGGCGCUCCGACUUUGCGCGCGGGUACGUCGACUGCCUCGCGGCGCUGACCUGGGUCGGCGACGCCUUGGCCGAGGAGCAGUUCCUCGCGCGCUACGACGAGAUGGACAGCGGCGGCAAGGGGCCCUACUACCUCGUCGUCAUCGAGCAGCGGGGCCGCAUCGUGGCGACGGGCUCGCUCAUCGCCGAGAAGAAGUUCAUCCACAACUGCGGCACCAUAGGCCACAUCGAGGAGAUCUCGGUCCUGCCGGCCUACCAGAAGCGGAAGCUCGGCAAGGCCAUCAUCAACGCCCUGACCUGCCUCGCCGGCCAGAUCGGGUGCUACAAGGCCAUCCUCGACUGCGGGCCGCACAACGUGCCCUUCUACGCAAAGUGCGGGUACGUCAACGCCGGGGUCGAGAUGUCGCGGUACCUCGACGACGAAGGGGACCGCCGGGGCGACUACUACCGUGGGUGA